AUGAUUCCUAGGUUGUUUCUUCGUUCUCCUAAUUCGAUCUUUAUCCGACGAGAGUCGCAACCCCCGACUGGUUUUUGUACCAACGUCAAAGUGGCUCCAGACAGUACACAUCUACAAGGUCUCAGAGAGGACCGGGAUCCCGAGCCGAACCUCGAUUCCCACGACAUAGACGACAACAAUAUGUCUCAGCAUCGAGCGUCCAUGUAUCACCCGGUAGAUGGUCAAGAACCGUUGCUAAAGGAUGAGGAUCGGGGUCGAUUGUCCAACGCCAGCUAUGGAAAUGGUGACACAGAAGGCAGGCCUAUGCUGCACCAUUCGAGGCGGCCGACAAUCAGGAGUCGCAGUCCGGAGCAUGAUGCGCAGCAGGCUACCCGUCGGAAAUAUUUGAUUGCGUCGGGGUUUUUGUUUCUGAGUCUGGCCAGUUUCGUGAUCCAGACCGAGACAGCUGUGUAUAUUCAGCAUGAGUUGCAUUGGGAUAAACCGUAUUGCAUGCUGUACCUCACACAUGGCUCGUGGGCCCUCCUCUGGCCGGUCCAGCUCCUCAUCCUCCGAAUACAAAAACGAUCACUUUCAUGGGAGGCGUUUUGGCGACGUCAUGUGUUUCUUCUUCGAACCACGGCGCAGAUGGUGGAAACACAAGACCUACACGCUCCCUCGCGCGGCUUCCAACGAUCACCAAUUCGUUACAUGAUCAAGACGACAGCGUUCGUUACAACUGCACUUACUAUCGCGGGUGGUGCAUGGUACGUGGCAGUGAACAUGACGACAGCCAGUGAUUUGACUGCGAUUUACAACUGCUCCGCAUUUUUCGCAUAUGCCUUUUCAAUUCCGCUUUUGAAGGAUAAGUUCCGGUUCGAUAAAGUGUUUGCAAUCUUCGUUGCCAUUGUAGGUGUCCUCGUGGUUGCAUAUGGUGGCCGAGACGAAAACAAGAAGACGGCGGACGGAACCGUGGGUAAGGGACAGCAGGAGGCGGAAAACAGGUUGCUCGGAAAUAUCAUCAUCAGUGUUGGUAGUGUGCUCUACGGUCUCUAUGAAGUGCUCUACAAGCGAUACGGCUGUCCUCCGGAAGGUACCAGCCCGGGUCGAAGCAUGAUCUUUGCCAACACCGUUGGCAGCUUGAUUGGCUGCUUCACAUUAUUAGUCCUGUGGAUUCCAUUGCCCAUUCUCCAUAUCACGGGCCUGGAGACGUUCCGCUGGCCAACGGGUGAGGCUGCAUGGAUGCUUAUGAUUUCCGUCCUUGCCAAUGCCACAUUCUCUGGUUCCUUCCUGGUCCUCAUCUCUCUCACUUCACCUGUCCUAUCCUCCGUCGCAGCCCUCCUCACCAUCUUCCUCGUCGCUAUCGUCGAUUGGCUUCGCACGGGGCAACCUCUCUCUCUCGCCUCCAUCAUCGGUGGAGUCCUUAUCAUGGUAGCCUUCUUCCUCUUGAGUUGGAGCACCUACCGUGAAAUGAAAGAGGAGCAAAAGAAGAACAUCGAAAACGAUGACGCAGAAUCCGAGAGUGACGAAUAA